AUGGACGAUAAAAGGAGAGUUUGUAUUAUUGGAGCAGGACCUUGUGGUACCUCAGCAUUGUUUCAUUUUGAUCAGAUCAGCAAUUCUUCGACGGAAGUCGUCUGCUACGAGAAGAGCGACACGUGGCUUGGACUUUGGAACUUAACAUGGAUGACCGGAACUGAUAAAUUUGGAGAACCAUGUCAUGGUGGUAUGUACAAACAUCUUUGGUCAAAUGGCCCAAAAGAAGGUUUAGAGUACCCGGAUUACACAUUCACUGAUCACUUUGGAAAAGCAAUACCAUCGUUUCUUCCACGACCGGUUAUAAGAGAUUACUUGGAAGGCAGGCUUGUCAGGAAAAGCAAAUCAGAUUUAAAGCGGUUUAUCAAAUGGAACACUGCAGUAAGAUAUGUGAGGUACAACCAAAAGUCAGAUGACUUUACAGUUACAACUGAAGAUCUAAAGACAGGUCAUACAGUUGACACAAAUUUCACACAUGUUAUAGUUGCGGUAGGAAUAUUUAAUUCCCCAGAAAAACCGUACUUUGAUGGAAUGGAGACCUUUCCUGGGAGGAUAUUACAUUCACAUGACUUCCGUGAUGCUACACAGUUCAAAGGUCAGCGAGUGUUGGUCGUGGGGGCCAAGUAUUCGGCAGAGGACAUAGCGUUGCAAUGUAUGAAAUUUGGCGCCAAAAGUAUUGUGGUGUCUUAUAGAUCGAGCCCAAUGAAUUAUAAUUGGCCAGUUGGAAUUGAAGAACGGCCAUUAGUCCAGAAAAUACAAGGAAAAGUUGUACACUUUCUUGAUGGAAGUUCUACUGAAUUAGAUUCAAUUAUCCUGAGCACUGGCUACAAAUACAAGUUUCCGUUCAUGGAAACAAGUUUACGACUUACUUCAUCUAGUACACUAUAUCCUUCUGGCUUAUACAAGGGUUCACUUUGGUUGCAGGGAGGUAAUAGGAAACUGUUUUACAUGGGUGUCCAGCACCAGUUUUUCACCUUCACAAUGUUUGAUGCCCAGGGCCUCUGGAUAUACAGGCAUAUAACAGACACUUUAUCAGACAAACUAAAGAGCUGUGAAGAAAUGAAGGAAGAAGCACAUCAAUGGGUACAGAAAUGUAACAGUCUGAAAGACAUCCAUGAACAAAUUGACUUUCAGGCUGAUUUUAUCAAAGAUCUGAGCGAUGGAACCGGAUAUCCACCCGAUGCACCAAAGGCAAAUAAAUUUUUCCACAAAUGGGACAAUGAAAAAAGGGCGAAUAUAGUAACUUACAGGGAUCAGCAAUUUAAAUCCUUGUAUUCUGGUACAGAAGCUGCUCAGUGCAGCAAACCAUGGUUUCAGAAUUUUGACGAUUCAAUUGGCGCUUUUGUUUAGGAGAUAGAAUAAUUAGGUAUUUUUUCUAACUGUCUUCAAAUAACAUCUCCACAAUGUACAAUACGCCUUAACAUUUUAUGGUUGUGUUCUGUACUAUAUAAGUUAUGCGUAAGGUAUCUUUUUUUGUAAUCUUAAUUUUUAAGAUGGAUAAUGUUAUGACGUGCUUCCUCGCUUUGUGCACAAACCCAUGCUCUAAAUCAAAUAAAAAA